AGCUUAAGUUGAACCUGUUGGCGAGGCUUGUCUCCUCUUGUCCGAGUCCUGUUUGCAAAUCAUUCAUACAGUUUGCAGGACGUCGGCCUUGAAAAAAACCAUUCAUUUUAAUAAACUUUUUUCUCCAACAGAAUCGAAUAGGAAAUCCGAACACAGAAAGAAGCUAAAAGAAACAAUGGCCGGAGUGGGAAAUAAAAGUUUUAGCUUGAUUUUAUAUUUCCUGUGCUUGGGGGUUAUAAUCCCUAGCCUCGAGGCUCACAUCGCAGAAUAUGAUGACUAUUGGAGGGAAAGGGAGUUGCAAGCUAAAGAAAACCUGGAGAAGGCUUACAAUCCUAACCCAGAGGAAGUCACCCAGCAUUUCAACGACCAUGUGGCCAGGACCUUGAUGGGGUUUCGCACCAAUUCCACGAGGAGGAUGUUGAAGAAGCAGAAGGGAGGUCCUUGUGGAGCAACCAACCCUAUCGAUCAAUGCUGGCGAUGUGACCGCAACUGGGAAAGGAACAGGAAAAAGUUGGCUGAUUGCGCACUUGGAUUUGGCCGUGGUACUACCGGUGGAAAGGAUGGACCCAUUUACGUUGUCACUGAUCCUACCGAUGAUGUUCUUAACCCAAGUUCCGGAACUUUGCGUCAUGCUGUGAUCCAGAACCGCCCACUUUGGAUCACUUUCGCUAGGGGGAUGAUUAUUAGGUUGAAAGAGGAGCUCCUUAUGACCAGCAACAAAACCAUCGAUGGUAGGGGAGCCAAUGUGCAUAUUGCUUAUGGGGCUGGUAUUACCAUCCAGUUUGCCAAGAACGUCAUCAUUCAUAACAUCCAUAUCCAUAACAUCUUCCCUAGCAAAGGUGGCAAGAUCAAGGAUGGCGAGAACCACCUUGGGUUGAGGACAAGGAGCGAUGGUGAUGGCAUCUCCCUUUUCGGAGCAACCAACGUUUGGCUUGACCAUCUUUCCGUUUACAAGUGCUCCGAUGGUAUCAUCGAUGCUAUUCAGGGUUCCACCGCCAUUACCAUUUCCAACUGCCACUUCACUGACCACAACGAUGUGAUGCUGUUUGGAGCAAGCGACAGCUACAGUGCUGAUGAGAAGAUGCAAAUCACCGUUGCUUUCACCCGCUUCGGUAAAAAUUUGGUACAAAGGAUGCCUAGGGUCCGAUUUGGUUUCGUCCAUGUUGUGAACAACGAUUACCGUCAUUGGAUCAUGUCCGCUAUUGGAGGCAGCAGUCACCCUACAAUUAUCAGCCAUGGCAACCGAUUUAGAGCCCCACGUAACAUUGCAGCUAAAGAGGUUUGCAAGAGGGAAUAUGCAACUCAGCAAGAGUGGAAGAACUGGGAUUGGAGAUCAGAGGGUGAUUUGAUGUUGAACGGUGCCAUUUUCACACAAUCAGGAGACCCGAAGGCCGCCAAGAAAUUCGGAGGUUACAAGAUGAUAGCGUAUAAGCCGGCUCACAUGGUGCCACUCCUGGUGAGGUGGUCAGGAACACUCGAGUGCCGCCCAAACAAGCCUUGUUAGACCACUCGCAAUUAACUCUCAUCAUGUAACUGCAUUUCAACUUCAAGAUAUGAGCGAGAUGUUUGGGGAUAUUGAGGAAAUGUUUCUUUCUUUAUUGUUUUCAUUCUCCUUGCAAGGAGUUUUAAUCAUUUAAUAUUGAUACAACAUUUCCUUUGUGAGGCGCAAGAAUUUGAUUCAUUCAUUCAUUCACUCUC